AUGGCUUUGGGCUCCAACCUCUCGUCUACCGAUGGGCUUGACCCGAGGACUGCCCACGCCCGAAAUCGCCGGCAUCUCCAAACAUUGCGCAAGUCAAUCGUAGGGCCCAUACCUUUCGACGUCUUCUUUGAGCGGGCUUUAGGGAACGCGAUUUCGGACGACAGGGAUGUGCUGUUAUCCUCAACGAACGCGUUCAAGUCGGUGCCGUCUACGGCCAACACGCCGGAGGAGAUAUACGAGCCUUUGAUAGUCGCCCUCAACAAACAGACGAAGUACAAGUCUCGUUGUCCCGGCUUCGUCUUCGAGAACACCGCUCGGCGUAGCUCCCACCCCAAACAUCCUGGUUAUGCCAAACCCCAUAUAUCAUGUGUCAGCAGACGUAACGCCGAGAACGUGCGGCGAUUGGACCGUCGCUCUCGCUCGGAACUUGGCUAUGCGGAGCUUAUCAUUCAAGCAACCCCCGACGCCGCUCAUGACUUGUUCACCGACCCUCCGCCCGACCUCGAGGUGGAGCAGCGCGCGUCCUUCGAUUUCGUUCCCCCGAAAGGCGAACGUCAAAUACGACAGGAGGCUGAAGAUGCAUUCGGACUUCACGUUGCUUUCAUAGUCGAGAUCUUCGCCCGUCAACACCGCAACCACUGCCACUCGAUCUCCGUGGCUGGCUCGCGGGCUCGACUGUAUCGCUGGGACCGUGCUGGUUGUAUCGUGUCCGAAGCUUUCGAUAUUCGCGAGCAUCCCGAAAUACUCUGCGAAUUCCUGUGGCGGUUCUCGCGGACGACCGACGCUAUGCGCGGUCAUGACCGCACUGUCAUGCCGGCUACAUUGGAGAUGGAGCUACGUUUUAGAGAUGCCAUCAAGGACUAUGUUCGAUCCCAGCUAGGAAUCGAUGUCUUCCUGAAAGACACUUGGCGGGUCGAAUCCGACGGAGGCGUUGAAGGCGACUUGCUAGCCCAUUUUGACGACCUAGGUGUGCGUAACGUGCCAGAGGUUGUGACAUACGGGGAUGUGCCAGACUACAUACCCAACGAACGCCAUAAUGUCACAAUCUGGCAGACUACACAUACCGCCGGUGCGGCGCUGAGGCGCUGGGCAUGUCGCAUUGCGGGCCAGCCUAUCUCUGUGACAGAUGUACAGCGCUAUCGUCUGGUCUUGGGCACUGUUGGGUACGGGAUAUCCACCAUCAAGGGUACGGAAGAAUUAUUGCAUGCGACGUACGAUGCAUUUACAGCCAUGAGAGACGCACACGCCAAGGACUCGCGUAUUCACCGAGACAUCUCUGUCGGCAACAUCAUACUGGUCAAAGAGCCCGGGCAAGAUAUUCGCCGGGGAUAUCUCAUCGACUGGGAGGCGUCCAGUGUCAUCGAUGCCACUGGAGAGUCCUUGCAACCGGGACGCGCUGGGACGUGGCAUUUCAUGUCAUGGCGGAUGCUAGACAGAGUGCAUGCGAACAGCAAACAUACCUUCCUGGAUGACAUGGAGUCCCUCGUCCAUCUGGUACUUUACUGUGCCCUCCUCUACUUAUCCCAUGCUCUCGAGAAGGAGGCGCUCCUCCAGGCAUUCCACGAGUACUUCGAGGCCAUGGGCGGCGUCCCACCUGGACCUGCCCACGGCGGUGACUUGAAGUGCAGGACCGCGCACGAUAGAGGCCUCAUCAGGGAAGCCCAAUUCGGUAGCGCAUCGCUCGCGGAGUGGCUCACUACAAUGCUGGAGAUGCAGUGCCCGCCCGGGUGGAGGACGGAAGGAUAUAACUACGGGAAAUGCUGGACACCCGAACACGUCGAUGCGUUCUGGUCCGAGUUCCUCCGCACGCACACCCUGGAACGCGACGACCGGGUUGUCCACGACGUCACGAAGGUGCAACGCUACGACUAUGACGAGCUGUCGGUGACGGCGCCGACUGCACCCCCGACGCCGGUGGCCACGCCAGCGCUGACACGCAAGCGUUCUGCCGCAGAAAGGGACCUCCCAGAAGGCGAGCACGACUCGAAACGCCGACGGUCUGUUCGCCUACAAGGCGUGCUCGCUCCUUCGCCCGGCGCGGCCCCACCGCGUACUACAGAUGGCCCAAGGCGAAGCGAACGCAUCAAGGUCAUACAAGAUCGCGCCGGGCGGUUGCCUGUGCCCACUACACGAACGACCGCCACCACACGGGCGGCCGCGCCCGCAGCAACAAGUUCCUCGGCCGCUGCUCGGGCCUCUACGAGAGGUCGGGGACGAGGUCGCGGUCGAGUGCGCAAGUGACCUCGAUUGGCUCCUUAGUUCGUUCAUCCCCGC